GACAAAGACAUGAUUUCAGCAACUAUCGCAAGAAAGGUUGUAAGUUCUAUUUGCCAGGCAUCACUGCGGCCAGCUGUUGGUACAGUGAUUUCUCGAGGUUACCGUGGUGAUGCCCCAGAACCAACCAUGAUUGAGAUCCCUCUGCCCCCGUGGCAGGAGAGGAUGGGUGAGUCCCUGGAGAUCAAAAAGAAGAGACUCCUCUAUGAGAGUCGCAAAAGAGGCAUGCUGGAGAACUGUAUCCUUCUUAGCCUUUUUGCAAAGCAGUACCUAAACACAAUGAGUGAAGCUCAGCUCAGACAAUAUGACAGACUCAUCAAUGAACCAAGCAAUGACUGGGAUAUUUACUACUGGGCAACAGAGGCUCAGCCAACACCUGAUGUGUACCAGGGUGAGGUGAUGAACAUGCUCAAAGAAUUCGCCAAGAACAAGGACAUGGAACAGCGUCUAGAUGCUCCCAAUCUGGAAUACCUGGACAAGAGCAGUUAAUACUCACACUUCUAUCAGUGACUGUUAUAACAGCCCAGACCUGAGCUCAAACGAGCACCUGUGACAUCCUGUGUGUAGACUUAAUCACAUGACAGUGGUCAUAAACAUAUUACUUAAGAGAAAAGAGAUGUGCACCCCUUUUAAAACCAUUUCAAAUGCGUUUUUGGGAUGAGAUGUUCUAAUAGACGUAUCAUGAAUACGGACUUGACUUAACUUGGUCUGACUUGAUAAAAUAAUGCGCUCAUAUUUAUAUAUUAAACAGAUUGUAUGUAUACCCAAAUAAACUGUUAAACAUGUAUGACAACAUUUGCAUUCAAAAGCUGUUUCUUUGAUUUAUAAUUAGUAAUUAUCAUAAUAUAAUUUAUAAAGCCAUUGUUCAACCAAAAAUACAAUUCUGUCAUUAUUUACUGUGGAACACAAAAGGAGAUGUUUGGCAGAAUGUUAAGGAAUGACAGCCUCACACCCUAAUCACUUUCAUUGUUUCGGAAAAAGCAGUGUCAGUUUCUUGAGGUUGAGUAAAUGAUGACACUUUUUUUCAUUUUAUGGGUUAACUAAAUAUUUGAUUUAAAGCUGCACUACGUAACUUGCUCCCUAGCGACAUCUGUGGUUGAAUUUAAAAUCGCAGGCAGUUUGCAGAAGAACACAUUAGUGUUUUGACACUACUGUUCUGGCGGAUGAAUCUCAUGAUUUGCGGUUAUCUGGACAUCCUCUGUGUGACCAUGACUGGAAGAUAUUCAGAGCCGGAGUUAUAACGUGCUAUUUUCAUGUUUAUAUAAUUAUGUUAUAUGAUUAAACAUUUAAAAAUGAAAUAUUACUUACUUUGAUGAAGAUAAACAACAUUCUUAUUUACACUUUUAAUUGUACACUUUUCUGACACUACACUCAAAGCACUUUUACAUAAAGAACAGAGGACUCUCCUGAAUCACCUCCAGUAACAUAUUUUAAUAUGAUUAUUCAAGUUUUAUUGACUAUUAAUAUUUGUAUUGAAUUGUAUUAUCAAUUUAAGAGGUGAAACUCGUGAUACUGCUGAUUUGAGUUCAGUGUAAGACUUCAUUAUUUUUACAUUAUUAAUCUUGUCAACGAAAUCAAUGAUGAAAACGUUUGUUGAUGAAAGUUAUUUUUUUAAAUUUCGUCAACAAUAACGAAGACGAGAUGUAAAAGGCGCAUCAUUAAAUGAUUUUAUUAAA